UGCCCCUCCGCGGGGGGACGGCCCCCGCUUUCGGCCGUUGUCGGGGUCCCGCCCGCCUCUCCCGGGUGCGGGGAGGCUCGGAGGGGAGCUCGCCGGGGCCCUCGUCCCGCCGCCCGCCCCGGGGGAGAUGGCAGACGCUGCAGAAUCGAUGGUGACGCUGCCCUGGGUGACCCGCGCCCAGCGCUUCCGGCGGUUCCGGUAUCAGGAGGCGUCCGGCCCCCGCGAGGCCCUGGGCCGCCUGCGGGAGCUGUGCCAUCUGUGGCUGAGGCCCGACCGGCGCUCCAAGGAGCAGAUCCUCGACCUGCUGGUGCUGGAGCAGUUCCUCGCCGCCUUGCCCGCCGACACCCAGGCCUGGGUGCGGAUCCAGCGCCCCGAGAGCGGGGAGGAGGCCGCGGCCCUGGUGGAGGAGCUGGAGCGGGAGCAGGACGGGCCGGGAGAGCCGGUCCCGGUCUGGGCCUCCGGACCGGAAGUGCCCUCAGAGGAGGAGGAGGACCCCCCCGUGGCAUCACAGAGACGCGUAGGCCUCCGGCCGCAGCCCGAGGAGCCCCCGGAUCCUCCCCGCCUGCAGGACAGCGGUGGUCCUCGUCCCCGGAGCCCGGCCCCUCCCCCGGAAGACUGGACUGCGGCGGCGGGACCGGUGCCCUCGGUGAACAGGGCCCAGGCGGCCGUGCUCUUCGCGGACGUAGCCGUCCCCCUGAGCCGGGAGGAGUGGAGGAGCCUGGACGCCGACCAACGGGCUUUCUACCGGGAGGUGACGCUGGACAACUACGAGAACGUGGUCUCGCUAGGACUUGCGUUUCCCAAGCCGGAGGUGAUCUCCUGGCUGGAGCAGGGGAGGGAGCUGGGGGCUUCCGAGGACGGAGAGGCUCCCCGGAUCCCCUGCUUAGAGACGGAAGAGCCGUCCCCCGAGGAGACGGAGAGGCCCGGGACCGCCCCGGCCGGCUCCGCGGGCCGGGGGGCCGCGGGCUCCGCGUGGGAGGCGUCCCGGGACAAGGGAGGAGGCGUCCCGUGGGCGGGGGACUCCGGGCGGGCCGCCGCCGGGCCGCCCCCGCCGGAGCCGCCGCGCCCACCGGCCGCCGCCGAGGCGCCCGGCGAGGAGGCGCCCGCCGCCGGCCGGGCCCGCCCGCGGGAGAAGCGUUACCAGUGCGGCGAGUGCGGCCGGAGGUUCAGCUUCCACUCGAGCCUGAGCAGUCACCGGCGCGUCCACACGGGCGAGCGGCCCUACCCGUGCCCGGACUGCGGCCGGCGCUUCAGCUUCCGCUCCAGCCUGAGCAUCCACCGGCGCGUGCACACGGGCGAGAAGCCCUACCCGUGCCCGGACUGCGGGCGCGUGUUCCGGCAGAUCUCCAUCCUGACGUGCCACCGGCGGGUGCACACGGGCGAGCGGCCCUACUCCUGCAGCGACUGCGGCCGGGCCUUCAGCCAGAGCUCCCACCUCACCUGCCACCGGCGCGUCCACACGGGCGAGCGGCCCUACCCGUGCCCGGACUGCGGCAAGGCCUUCGGGGACCGGUCCAGCCUGCGCAAGCACCGGGCCAUCCACAGCGGCGCCCGGCCCUACUCCUGCGGCCAGUGCGGCAAGGCCUUCGGCUACGUGUCCAGCCUCCACCGCCACUGGAGCGUCCACUCGCCGGACAAGCCGCACGCCUGCCCGGACUGCGGCAAGGCCUUCCGCCGCCAGUCGUCCUUCGCCGACCACCGGACCACCCACACGGGCCAGAAGCCCCACGCCUGCCCGGACUGCGGGAAGACCUUCAGCUACCAGACGUCCCUCUGCCACCACCGGAGGACGCACGCCGGAGGCCCCCGGGGAGGGGGCGCGCCCGGCCCCUACCAGUGCCCGCUCUGUGCCAAGGCCUUCAAGUCGCCCCGCAGCCUCAGCCAGCACCAGGUGCUGCACAGCGGGGGGAAGCCCUUCACGUGCGCCCAGUGCGGGAAGAACUUCAGGUACCCCUCCAACCUCAGCCGGCACCAGAAGGCCCACGCCGGGCAGGCCGGACCCCGGGCCCCCGCCCCGGGGAGCCCUCCGGACGGAAAGGGGACGCAGCGGCCCAGGACGGGCCGGGCGGAGCCGGGAGGCCCCCAGGACCGGGUUCACCCCGGCGGGGGGAGGCCGGGGCUCUGACCCGGUGCCCCGGCAGGGCCCGGGGCGAGUGGCCCGCGCCCCGCGCCGGACCGCGGCCUGCCCCGUCAAGCCCCCGCGGCGGGGCCCGGGGGACCGUCCCCCGUGUCCGUCCGAGGCCUCGGGAGAGAUCUCACCAGGUGUUUUCGUGUUGGGAGCUGCAAACCAUCCCCAUCCCCCCCUUGCCCAAGUUUGUCGGACCGAGGCAGAACCGUCGUGUGAUAGUUAACACCAUUAAAGCACAUUUUUCACUCA